AAUGGGAGCGUUUGUUGCUGUCGUUCCCUCGGAACAGCGCGGGAAAUUGCUUCAUCAUAUAUAAUUUUUUUCUAAAUUUACUGAGAGUAGCCAAGUACGGGUUGGCGGCCGGUGUUUGUUUCGUUAAAUAAUUAUGUACCAAGCGGUUUGAAGUCUUCUCUCUCUGUGUGUUUCCCCGGGCCUCAUUGGCAGCAGCGGCCGCCUCGUCCACCUCUUCCCCGCGAGCCGGCCGGUACUAACGGUCCUAACGGCUCCGGGUUCGAAUCCGCUUCCCAACUGCCGCCAACCUCCCAGUUCCCGGAUGAGCUCCUUCAACCUCGACCGUUUCCGUUACGAAAAGAAACGCGGCGCUAACGGCGACCGGGACCUGGACCGACAGCGUGACACCCCGCGGGAUUCCGGCCUCCGGGAGGUGGAUGGCCCGGCAGUGACCAUUGUACCAGAGACUCCAGAAGGAAAGCAGUCGAACUUUUUAUCGUAUUUUAGGAGAAAAGAAAAGGGAGUCCUUUUUCUUGACUCUGAAUCUGAAACUGAAGAAACAUGCAAGAAAAAUUUAUCCUGUCAAGCAGUGAAUGGAAGGCCAGAUGGAUGCAUUCAAAAAUUAAAUAACCCUGUUGACUUUUCAUCUGGUGAGGAUGAACAGCUUUCCCCAAAAGAAAAUGGGUCUUUUCUGGACAGCAGUGGCUCAUCUCAUUCUGUUGACAUGGGGGAUUCUAUUGCUUCCAAAGUACAAAAACUGACAGAAAUAUUUCCAAAUAGAACAGAUGCUGAACUAUUGCAGAUAAUUGAAUCAACAAGUACACUGGAUGGAGCGGUAGCUGCAGGAUUAAUCUUGUUUGGAGAAGCAGUAUUCAACUGA